UGUCGCUUUAGUGCAGUUAGCUAGCUAGCCAGCCAGCUAGCUAACUGUGCUAGCCGGUGUGUCACAGUCCUCCAUGUUUGCUUGUUGCUUUUAUGGCGGCUGGGAUGAUUAACUGUAUUCGUUAUGCACAGUGCAGCUGUUGUUUGAGCAGUGGACACUUAUCACGCUUGUUGUUUUAAUCUCCCGGUGCAACAACCUGUUGACAUGCUGGAAACCUGGUGCCUUUUCACUGUAGCUGGUGACCUCAAAUAAGCUGCGGGUCUCCCCACAGUGUUGACAUUAUAUUUCAUAUGACAUUGUUGUUUCCACAGAGCGCAUUGCAUCACACCCACAAACUCAAGUCCUCCAGCACCUUUUUUUUAAAUGAACUUUUUCUGCGCGUUUCCUUAUUAAUGGGAGCUUUGUUGUAAUGUUUAACGUUUGUUGGCUGCAGAGAUGUUUUCAGGGAUUCUUUUGGAACGUGCAGCAGGUAAACAAACGUAAAGUGUGCUUCCUGUUAUGUUGUGGUUAUAUUUAGCACUUGGGUAUGUUUACAUACGGCACGUGUUGCUCAUUCAUUACUGGGCUCUCCCUUAUUCCUGCUCCUCUAGUGUUGGCGUUUUUUCUAGCUGACCCAGCUGUCCUGGCCGACUGUUAAAUACAAGGGACGUCCCAGCGGGAUACUUUUCACCAUUCAGUGUUUUGCGCCUCUUGCUCCCCGUGUCAGGAGUUCAGUGUGUCAGAUGCCACAGCGGGCCGGCGGGCGAGUGGCACGUGGCGCUUCAGGGUGAGAUCGGGGCGGCAGGAGGACUGUUGUGUGACGCUGGCGUUGAGGAGGCGGUCCUGGUUAUCUGCGUCUUGGCCCCGUGCCGGCGUUGUUACUGUGAGUUUUUCGGCUUGGCGUUUUCUGGAUGCACAACCCCAGAGCGCCUCCGCCACACUGAUAGGAUGUCGUGGGUUCCGCCGGGCGACCUGUGUGGUUUCCCUCAACUUCCCAACGCUGCAAGUAAAGCGCCACUUUUUGUGGAUUCUACAUUUCGGCCGGUUUGGUGAGCGCACAAGUGCAUUGGUUGCAGUGGUUUUGUAACUUGCCGUGUGUGAGUGUGGGCGCGGCAGAGAGCCGUCACGCCCGGGGCUCCCUCUGUGCGUGCGGCGUGUUUGUUUUGGACCCAAACACUUUGUCUUGUGUUAACGUUUCGUGUGAAAGCGAGUUCAGCGGCUGCGGCGCCGGCGGGAACCCGCAGGGGUCCGUUUGGUCGUGUCACUUGUUCUCUUAACCAGGAAACAUUUAUUGCCAAAAUAUGUCAUACAUGGAAUUUGACUUGGCGGUUGGUGCGUGACAGUAGACCGUAUAACAAUAGACAAGACAGCAGUGCAGGAGAAAUGAAAUGCUAAUGCUAAUGCUAUGGGUUAACCAACACACACGCAAACGACGAGUCACCCGUCCAAAGAAGUUGUACAAGAGAAACUGUCAGCUAAAUAUAAGGAAGAAGCAUGUCUUGUUAUAAAGGCAACUCUAUGACAAAGGUUUUCUGCCCCACGAACACCGGCCUCCAUCUGCGAAGGUCCUCGAGUCCGACGCGCUUCUACAGACGGGCCUCAACUGGAACAACUUCUGACUAUUAUCCUGGAAUUUAGGAAUCUUCCGGUCAUCGGCUCACUGAUCGACGCCUCAGUUUGAGUAAUUGGUUCAUUGUUGUGCAACAGUGGGCCGUGUUCAAGGUCCUGGUGGAAUAAAAGAAAUGAUACAUUGUUAUCUCUGUUUAACAGCCGUAUGGUGUAAUGGAAAGUUUCUCAAUUGUCGCUCUACCGUGUGUGUGUGUGUGUGUGUGUGUCCCAGUUACCACGUGUGUUCAUGGCCGCUCUGUCACAUAGCGGCGCUCCGUCAUGUUAAGUAACAUUUAGUGUCUGGCCCAGUAGCGGUCUGGGGUGGGGGCGGCUGGGGAAGGUGGCGGAGGAGGAGGCUGCUUCAGCAGACUCGACAGUGAUCGAUGUGGUCAUUUUAAAAGGCUAUUUCUAGACUGCGAGUGUGGGCAGCAGCUACUGCUCUGUAUUCUGUGGCACCUCCAUCCAAGUCGGUUUGCAGCUGCUGGUGAAAAGUAAACAAACCUGUUUGUUGAUUAGAUUUGGCGGCACGUUUGUCGCUGGAGGCGGGCGGGUUCCAGGACGACGAUGAUGCAGAAGUUUAUGCGUCUUUUCUCGGGGGUGAUUUGGUGGGCACGGGGCAGGAAUGUAACGGUUUUGUAGGCAUUCUUGCAGAAAGGGGUUGUUGUCGGCACAGUAAAUCCUGCACUUGCAUGUGUUUGGAGAAGCCUGCGGGAGGCACUCAGAAUGAAAGUGAAGUGACUCGCCUGCAGCACACGACGCUAUGGACGUAAAGUACAAAUCACAGAGGGACUAAACUCAUGGUGCAAAUUGUGUUGAUGCUCUGGGGCACGAUUUAAAAUUAAAUAGAUAAAGAGGGAUACGUAAAGUGUUGCAGACUAUUACAAAGAGCUUGAUGGUACACUGAAGGUCAAGCGUUGCUGCUUUUUAUUGGUGAACUGAUGACUCACUUGUCGGUUUUUACCAGCAGCAAAAUUGAGGAUAAAUCUGAUCUGCUAUAUAGCUCUGAUAUGGUGAUUUACUUAUGAUUAGUUCAGUUAAUAGUUUGAAAUUGUGCGGUUCAGGGGCAGAGCGGUUUACGUUGUCAUUUAGCUGACUUGCGUUGCGUUUUUAAGCCGCGGUUUUCACGAUCGGCCCGCGGAGCAAUUAUGGGUCGGGUGUCUUGCUUAGGGACACAUAGACAUGGAGCAUUCAGGUUUUUCCACCGUGGCCCAUUCAAUGUCAAGAGUAACUCGUCUUAUUCAGUGUGUAAUCAGUUGUGAAGGAUACACACUGUUAUCACACACAUGGAGAGAAGACGCACCGAACUACCGAUGUGUAUGUGCGAGACCUCUUGAGUGUCGACUGGUGUAGAAACUGCGUAGCAUAGGAUUUCUCAUUAAUUGCAUCUGAAUGUCUCUUGAGAAACGGCACGCCGAUGGAACCCGGUGGGAGCCGCUGGCGGUUCAUCACGUACCAAGAGGAACAUCCAGCUGACUUCUAGAACCCGCUUGCAGUGACGUCUGUGGUGCUGAAGGAUGAUUAAUGGCUGUGGACUCGCCUUGUUUAUUGUCGACGUUGCUGUCGUCUCGUUGGCGAUCUUGAAAAGCAUUUUUCUGUCCUGCUGGCGGCUUUGUUUUCUGUCAUGCAGAGAUCGGAGCUCCUUUCAUCGACUCUGGGACGUUUUGUUUUUCUUUUGUUGGCUUACUGCGAUGGCGGCCUGUGACUAACCUGUACGGCAUCUGUGUGUGAUUCCAGUUGUUGGACUCCCAGGAAGGUUGGCGUCAUGUUUAAGUGGCCAUAAACAUUCCUGUGCGGGUGUUUUUAUACAAGUGUAUGUUUGUCAGCUUAGGAAAUAAAAACCCUCAUGGAAGUCUUUCAUCCGUACAUCGCCCCAUCCUGCGGUUUAUUUAAUUGUACUGUUACAGGGCUCCAGUCCAGCCAGCACUGACUGUCCUCAUGAGGGUUUGGGGGACAGACGCUUGCAGCAAGCGGCCGUCGUGUCUUUGGGCAGCAAGCAGGCAUCUAGAUUUCUGAUAGUUUAUCUGAAUUGUGACGUUGGAUCUGUUUGGAUGUUGCUGGUCAGCAUGAAGACAAUUUAAUGUGCAAUCAGUUUCCUCGGAUGAAUCAUCUGCUAAAUAAAUGUCAUUAAUGGAUGUAUUGCUGCGUAAUUUUGCAUAAAAUGGAAGUUUUAAAAGCUACACACCAACAAAUAAUGGUUAACGCAGUACGUUGGAUUUUAUGCUCAGUGUUUAAGUUAUUGCUCGGCCACUGAAAGAAUUAAACAAUUUAAUGAUUGGACUUUACUAAAACAAACUAUUGCCAUUCAUAGCGGUUGCUUGGGGAAAAAGAAGCUGUGACACAAGUGUCGUUUUUGUACGACUCAACGAAGCUACGGAUCAGAUUCGGAGUGAUUUCCCAGACUGCACAAAGUUAAUCCUGCCGCAGCUCUUGAACACUUACUGUGUUACAUCACCCUGUGAGCACCGACUGGCUCCCCGUGCUUGUUUCUACAUUAUAUCAUCGCGCUCACACAGGCCAGACUAAGCUCCAACCCGCUUUGUGGUUUCUCAAGCAGGACAAAACUCCCUCAUUCGUUUAAGCGCGCACACAGCUUCUAUUUUGACUCAUUCACUCACUCUGACUGGCUUCCCCAGGCGCAGAUACGCUCGCCCCCCCCCCCCUCACUACGCUCCACACGCUUCCUUUGUCAGAGAGCUUCGGUCUGAUGCCGGCAGCACGCUGCCAUGUUGACAGGCCGCCUGCCAGCGGCUCGGAGGCCAACGGCGGCGCUGCGUCCGACUGGGACCGCUCGCCCAAGCUGCCCGCCAGCAAACCAGUCAGCCUGUUUGUCCGCCGUCCGUGCGGCACAGUACCAGUGUGCCGGCAUGGCGGCGACGGGCUCGAGCGGUGUCCUCUUGUGUUUGUGCUCUGGAGAUGGUGGUGCUUGGAUGGCAGGUUCUGUUUGCAUCGUCUGAGCCAGGACGAGGAUGCUGGAACACCACCUCCAGCGGGCCAUCUCGGCGCACCAGGUGUACGGCGAGAAGCGGGACAGCAUGGUCAUCCCGGUCCCCGAGGCGGAGAGCAACAUCACGUACUACGAAUCCCUCUACCCCGGGGAGUUCAAGAUGCCAAAGCAGCUAAUUCACAUACAGCCUUUCAGCUUGGACGCGGAGCAGCCCGACUACGACCUGGACUCGGAGGACGACGCUUUCGUCAACAAGCUGAAGAAGAAGAUGGAGAUCAGCUUCCUGCAGUUUGAGGAGAUGAUCGACCGGCUGGAGAAGGGCAGCGGGCAGCAGGCGGUGAGCCUCCCGGAGGCCAAACUGUUGCUGAAGGAGGACGACGAGCUCAUCAAGGAGGUCUUCGACUACUGGAGCCGCAAGAGGAAAAGCAGCCGGGCCAACUGCCUCCUCUCCACCGUCAAGCAGGAGAGACGGGACGGCGCCAGCACCAGUGACCCCUACGUGGCCUUCCGCCGGCGCACCGAGAAGAUGCAGACCAGGAAGAACCGCAAGAACGACGAGGCGUCCUACGAGAAGAUGCUGAAGCUGCGCCGGGACCUCAGCCGGGCCGUCACCAUCCUGGAGAUGAUCAAGAGGAGGGAGAAGAGUAAGCGAGAGCUGCUGCACCUCACACUGGAGAUCUUUGAGAAGAGAAACGUCAUGUCUGACUACAGCGGCGAGGUCAUGGCCGAGGUGCUGGCUGAGCGGGCGCUGGUGAGGCCGCAGAUCAUUCCCCUGGUCCCAGUCACGAACCAGUACAGACACCAGGACCACAUGGACCACAAGGACUACAAGUGCAAGCCUGAGAAGACGGAGGUCCCCCGUCUGAAGAGGAAGUAUGAGAAGAAGCAGAAGGUGUUGCCUCUCUCGUCGGGCGCCCCCCACCACCCGGGGCCCGUCGUCUUCAACGCCAAGGACCUCAACCAGUACGACUUCCCCAGCUCGGACGACGAGCCCUUCUCGCAGCUGCACUCGGGCUCAUCGGAGGCGGAGGAGGAGAACGACCCCGACGGCGCUUAUGCCUUUCGCAGGAAGUCGGGCUGCCAGUACUACGCUUCUCAUCAGGACCGCGUGGGUAGCUGGCCGUGGUGCGGACCCGCGGACGGCGGCUUGGCAGAAGCUCGCUUCCGCUACAGCUUCACCACGCUCACCGUGCCGCGGCGCUGCCUCGGCCUGGCUCGCCGACGCUUGGGACGCGGCGGCAGGGUGCUGCUGGACAGAGCGCUCACAGACUACAACAACGUUUUCCACGGACUGGACCCAGAACAGCUCGACUUGCCUCCCCCCCUCUCGCCGCCGCCGCCGCCGCCUCCUACAACUACUUCACGCUCGCCGGCCGCCGACAGGUUCGCCGGUACCUCAGAAACAAAUACCUCGGACAGAAGUUCCCCCUGCAACGCCUCUCGCUCGCCCCCCUCUUCCACGGACCUCAGUCACAUACUGUUGAAUAUACGGUCGUGCCGAUGGCGGCACUUUAGACCACGGACACUACCACUACACGAGCUGGACGACGCCCACCCGCUAUUCAGGAAGUUGAGUCGUGACCUGAAGCGACCGAUCUCCAGCUGCGCAGCCGGGGGCCGGCCGUUCGGCUCUCAGCGGCCGGCGAGGGUCGUCGCCGCGCCGCCGCCCGUCGCUGCUCUCACAGCCGAACAGUACCAGCAGCAUCAGGAGCAGCUGGCCCUGAUGCAGAAACAGCAGCUGGAGCAGAUCCAGCUGCAGCAGCAAGCCAACAGCACCGCCACUACAAACAGCACAAAGGGCCCGGCGAACACUCUGGACCAGGCCGGCGCCCAGUUUGCCGCCUCGGCCCUCGUCACCCCCGACAAACUGCUGGCUCUCAAGACCAAGGAGGAGCCAGCCCUGGGAGGCGGAGUCAACGGCGUCCUCCCCCCCUCAGGUGUCUACAAGGGCUUGCACCUCUCGAGCACAGCAUCCCCCUCCCCCGCUGCCCUGGCUCCACCCACCUCCAGCCCGUCACCCGCCUCGCUCCACCCCUGCGCCGGCGCCGCCACCACCACCAGCUCCACCCCCGCCACCAGUAACAACAACGGCACCGCCCACCCCGCCGCCGCCGCCACUCAGGUCCUGCUGGGAACCAACAACGGCAACAGCAGCCUCCGCCUGGGCGUCCCCGCCGGCAAGCGCGUCCACGCCCCACGGACGCUAAGCGCCGCCAUGUCCACCUCCGCCUUAAAGCUCGCCCACGCUGCCACCGCCAACUGUCAGAAGCCCAAGGUCACCGCGGCCUCGGCCUCGCCGCUGGACGUAGCGCCCAGGGAGAACCACGAACAAGAGAAGCCCCCCCUGAACAGUCUGUCAGAGAACACAGUGGCCAUGGAGGUGACGUAGCCUCCCGUACGCAGCGGCUGACUCCACCCUCCACGCUUUUUUUUUUUUUUUUUGGUGCUAUGCAUCGUUGGUUAGUGGUGAAAGCAAAGUAGUGGCGGAACGAGCGCGGCGAAGGCAGAGUUUCCACGGCAACCGGUUUGGGACUUAAUUGCAAUGCUCGUCUCGUACAAAUCUUUUUUUUUUCUCUCUCUCUCUCCCCGCUCCCCCAUUUGCCCUUUUUGUUACUGUUAAUAAGAGAUCGUAUGUAAAUCCUUAAUAUGGAAAUUAUAUGUACAGUACUGCAUAUUUGUAAUACCCCCCCAGUUCUUGUAUAUAACAUUACUUGAAUACAGAAUUGUUCAUUUGUGAUGUUUUGCACUCGAUAUUGAAAAACAAACACAAAAAAAGAAUCAAAAUUAAAAAGAGAAAACGACAAACUGGUGCGAGUGUGACAGUUCAACCUCGAGAGGCGUGCACGGCCCACGUGCACGCAGCCCGACCUGCUGUCUGAUCUAAUUUAUUGUGCCGUGUUUACAAACAUUUUCCUUUCUCCGUUCAUGUUUUCUUUAAUCUUUUAUUUUAAUGUAAAUCGUUCUUCACACCCUGAACCCGCUCGGCGCCGCAGUCGCUGCUUGAUACGUUUUUGCAUCUAUUCUUCGGUUGUUCCACCUCGUGGAGUCGGGUGGGAAUCAGUUUGUCGGGUUCUUUGGUUUCCCCGGUUCUCUUCCACACAAAUAGUAAUAUUCCUGAGACAAGUAACAAAACAACGAUGACGACUCUUCCCAGAAUGCUUUGCUGCUUCCUGGGAAAAGAGUCCUGGUGAUUUUCUGCGUUGAUGUGUUUGUUUUUUUGUUUUUUGCCCUCUGGUCCAGAGCCUCAUUUAUUUGUAUUUCUCUUAAAGAUGCCCCCUCCACCCCCCCGCCCCACAUUUAACAUUUUUGAAUUCUUCACGUUGUUUUAAUUUUUUUCACACAAACUUCAUUAUUUUGUUACUUGUUCUUUUAAAAAAAAAUGUAUACGGGAGUCCAAACAGCAGUAAGUGACAUUUAUCAUUCCAGCUUCUUCACUUAAAACACGUUUUCCUCCUUUUUUUUUUAAGGAAAAGACUUUGAAUCACCAGACGGCUGAAAGUCAUCGGAGGCCUUGAGGAAAAAACGUUACAAAAAAACAAACAAAUGUAAAAAGAAAUCUCUUCUGUGAAGAGUUUGGUACGGAACAAGGCUAAACUUGUAGUUUAUCUUUGUCUGUACCACGACCCCCCCCCAUGCCCGCUCCACUUGAUUCAUGAGUUUUUGUUUUUGUAGACUCUCUCACACGGGAAGGACUUAAGAAUCCUCUUGAAUUGUCAUGAAAUAAAAACCCAGGGCAUUGUG